CUCUUGUGCAGCAGAUGAGGACGAGGUCUUUCCCGCAGAGUCUUCAGCAUUACUGUACUCUUUGCGCGAUUACCUAGUAAAUAUGGGUGUAGUCAAUGAUCGCCAGCUGUGCACAAGAGGGCAAGCAUCCUCCGACCAGUCAUUGUGGGUAAUGAUUGACAACGUGUGGGCACUACUGGCGGCGCCAGCGGCUAAAAACAGUAACACCAAACGUGUGGUCCUUCACCCGGCUGCUGGACAAACGACCCCCGACUGAUAGCAUGAGGAAGUGGUGGGCAGGGAACAGACAAGACGCAAGCUCUCACUCCACCAAUAAAUCCUACUGCCAUACCAUUCGAGCAUCGUCGAAUCACAGCUGUCGUCUACAGAUCAGCUGCCGCGUCGGCUUACAUCUAUUCCGAUAGAUCCAGGCCUCUCUGUAGAGCCUCGACCAUAGCUUGUUUUCCGCGAUCGUCAGCUUCUAUCCAAUGCAGGAAUCGACCAAAAUCAAUGAAUCGCAGAUACACCGCCAACUAGCAGAUGGACUACAUCAGCAAAAUGUCCCACCAGAACGACAGGAUUCCAAGGUCGCGACCGAAGAGUCUGGGAAGCAGCAGUCGUGUCCACAACAGGAGCUCACAGACGAUGGACAACCACGCAUACCACAGACACCAAAACAACAUUCCCUCGAGCCGACGGUGACACAAUCUCCCUCACACCAGCUAUCACAAAUCCAGACAAACAUCGACCCUCCUUCUGCUGCUACCACCCCAAAACCCGAACAGGUAGCUUAUCCCUCGAUCCAAUCGGCCUCGUUGGUCGAUACAUCAAACCAGCUACUGGUGUCGCCUACUGCCAUACGCGAUAUGAGCUCGUCACUCAGAUCAAAUCUAUCUGCCUCUUCUCUUGCCUCUUCGUUGGGGUCUACCUCAAAUCUGGCCUCGCCCUACCUUUCCACACUACCUGACCUGACACCGCUUCCUUCACCAGUGGUGGGCGGAGAUGCAGCUGCAUUGCGGAAAGCUCGUAUACCGGAGACACCAACCAGGUCUCUCAAAGAUUCUAAUCACGACGGUUCACAACCUGGUUCGCCAACGCUGUCCACAUCACCCUCAAGAAGAAAGAAAACAUACGGUAGUCUGAGGCAAGAGGUGAGCAACUUGGUGCAUUCGUCGAGUGCAGCGGAUGCAGUGGGAUCUGUUGAGAAUGGAAAGAACAAGGAAAAUGUGCAGGCAGAUACACAUUCGAGGAAUCGCAGCGUAUCGGAAUUUGUGCCAAACCCUCUGUUGAAUAUGCGUCCACGCAAUAUCACGCUCGGGUCUCCAGACGCUGUCCGUAUAGACGCGGCGGAAUAUCAAAUGCAUCGGGAAAGAUAUCUCGCCGGGCAGCGUGGGAUGCGAAAUCUAUCCGCCCUCGAAAGCAAUCAGCAGAAUCCCACGCCUCCAGCUAGUACCUCGAGCGUAGCGGAGAGUGACGAUAUCAACGAGGAGCCUCCGUACCUCGAAGAUGGAACUGCGUCAGAGUUCUUGCACAUUCAUUGCGGCAUACACAAUCAGAAGCGGAAAUUCCGGCAACUCCGGCGUCUAGGCCAAGGCACCUUCUCGACCGUCAUGCUGGCCACGCGAGAGAAGAUUCCAGCCCAUCCCACGCCAGAGAUUGAGGCACACCUCGAUAUCAAUAAACUCGUAGCCGUAAAGAUCGUCCAGCAUGGACCUGCGGGCGGCGCUGACGAGGAACGGAUCGAAGUCAGUCUGAAGCGUGAGGUGGAAAUGCUCAAAACCGUCUGCCAUCCUUCCUUAAUCCAGCUCAAAGCCUGCGAGCACCAAGCCUCGCGCUCCCUACUAGUCCUCACAUACUGCCCAGGCGGCGACCUCUUCGAAUUCGCCACCAACAAGCGGGAACUCCUCACGCCGCCCCUGAUUCAGCGCAUGUUCGCCGAGCUGGUGAGCGCAGUGCAAUACCUCCACGCCAACUGGAUCGUGCAUCGCGACAUCAAGCUCGAAAACGUCCUUGUCAACCUCCCCGAAGACGUCAUCCGCGCCAUCGACGAACCUCGCACCUUCUCCUCCCCGAUCAUCACAUUGACCGACCUCGGCCUCAGCCGGAAAAUGCCCGAACCGCCCGCCGACAUCUUCCUCCAUACCCGCUGCGGCAGCGAGGACUACGCCGCGCCCGAGAUCCUCCUGGGUCAGCCAUAUGAUGGCCGCGCCACGGAUGCCUGGGCGUUGGGUGUUCUCUUAUACGCGCUCAUCGAGGGCCGGCUCCCCUUCGAUCCACCUCCAGGGCGACCCGACCGCAGUCGCAACACGCAUCGGAUCGCGCGCGCAGCGUGGAUCUGGUGCCGCUUCGGCGACGAAGACGGCGAGUGGGAUCCGGUCCGUGGCAAAGACUACGAAGGCGCCCGACCCUGCGUGGACGGUCUACUGAAGAAAGCGCGCAUGGGCCGAAAACCCCUGGGCGAAGUCGCGGAGUAUGAAUGGGUCAAGGAAGGAAUCCAGAUUCCUGGUGGCUUGCAGAUGCGGGUUGAAGAUGACGAUGCCUAUGCUCUGUAAUACAAUUCAUCAUCUGCGGCGGCUAUGCUCAUCUUCCUUCUCACUUCAAUGGUAUAUUUAGAAUAAUAUAGAAAGACUCGGAACAGACAGAAACAUGAUUGCCUUCACACGCAAUUGGAGAACAAAAGGGGCGUUUAUACGAUAUCAGGAGUUUUGUUUAGGUGGUGGUGAGCCGGAUCUGGGCUGCAUCCAAAAAGAGAUACCAUGGGUUUUCCAAAGAGAAAUUUUUACAUUUUCCAAACUUUUUAUACGAAACAACUUCAAAUCUGCAGAUUUUCUUUCCCUC